AUGGAGCAGCAAGCGAUGAGUGGGGUAUUCGCAGCCAGGCGAUACAACCAGGAGGACACCACGAGAGAGGCUGUCUUCGUCUACACCAACGCCAACAACACCAGAGAUCCUUUUGAGGGCCCCAACUACCAUAUUGCUCCCCGAUGGGUGUACAACAUCUCUACCUUGUGGAUGGUCUUUGUGGUCAUUGCCUCCGUCUUUACCAACGGCCUAGUGCUAGUGGCCACCGCCAAGUUCAAGAAACUCCGCCACCCACUCAACUGGAUUUUGGUCAAUCUGGCUCUCGCUGAUCUGGGGGAGACAGUCUUGGCCAGCACCAUCAGUGUGAUCAACCAGAUCUUUGGCUACUUCAUCCUGGGCCACCCCAUGUGCAUUUUUGAGGGUUAUACUGUCUCUGUCUGUGGAAUCGCAGCUCUGUGGUCCCUGACAGUCAUCUCCUGGGAGAGAUGGGUGGUGGUGUGCAAGCCUUUUGGAAACGUCAAGUUCGAUGGCAAGUGGGCCACAGCCGGCAUCGUGUUCUCCUGGGUUUGGGCUAUUGGCUGGUGUGCUCCUCCCAUCUUCGGCUGGAGCAGAUACUGGCCACAUGGUCUGAAGACCUCCUGCGGUCCUGAUGUGUUCAGUGGCAGCGAGGACCCAGGAGUCAAAUCCUACAUGGUCACGCUGCUCAUGACGUGCUGCAUCCUGCCCCUGUCCGUCAUUAUUAUCUGCUACAUCUUCGUGUGGAACGCCAUCCACAAAGUCGCACAGCAGCAGAAGGACUCCGAAUCCACGCAAAAGGCUGAGAAAGAGGUGUCCAGGAUGGUCGUCGUCAUGGUCAUCGCUUUUGUGCUGUGCUGGGGCCCCUACGCCUCUUUCGCCACGUUCUCCGCGCUCAACCCGGGCUACGCGUGGCACCCGCUGGCCGCAGCUAUACCCGCCUACUUCGCUAAAAGCGCCACUAUCUACAACCCUAUCAUAUACGUCUUCAUGAACCGACAAUUCCGUACCUGCAUCUACCAGCUGUUCGGAAAGAAAGUGGAAGACGGCUCAGAGGUGUCUUCAGGAUCCACGACAGAAGUCUCGACCGCCUCGUAG